CUGUACUUUGAUGCCCUCGUCUCGAGAGGAGAUUGCACGCGUCAUCCGCGAACGCAACGGCAGCACUCGAGCCAGCGACACGCCUUCGAUCGCCACAGAGGAGGUAGCCACCAUCGUGCGCAAGCUCAGCUUUAGCGGCGCCACCAUGGACGAACAGGAGUUGGAAGAAGAGGGGCAGCAGCAAGACUACGACCAAGUCCAGGAACCGGAACAACAACAACAGGAAAUCAAGAUGGAUACCAGUACGAAUAAGGUGCAGAUUGUUAUUCGCCUCCGACCGCUCGAAGCGGCCACUAACGAGACAGAGCCCGAUUGCUUUCGCGUGCUGUCGGACGUGUCGCUUCUAGCUCAGCCGCCCAAGACGUCUCAGUCUUAUCGCUCCACCGGCACAGCCACAAGCUUCCACUUCUCCCGUAUUUUCCGCCAGGAGACACAGCAAACAGAGCUGUUCGAGGCCACCACGAGGCCCGUGUUGGACGCGGCCUUCGACGGCAAGAGCGGCCUCGUCUUCGCCUACGGAGUCACCAACUCUGGCAAGACUUACACGAUCAGUGGCUCGAGCGAAGCCCCCGGUGUCCUGCCGCAGUCUCUUCAGUAA